ACGAUAUUUAAAGCAACAAUAUGGCAGCCAGAAGGGAAACCUGCAUCCCGCCCUCCUCUGCCUCCUCCACCUCACCAAUCAAAAGCUGCUAAACCACAGUCUUCCGGCUGCUUGAAGAGCGCCCCCCCGGCCCCUCCGUGCGCUAGUAGCAGCCGUGGAGCGAUGGUGCUCGGAGCGUCCGCAGACGCCGCCGCUCUCUGGAGACUGAAUUGCUGGGGACCAUGAGCAAAGGGGACGCAGCGGGUGGAAGGAGCGCGUCCUUGACCUUCACCAUCGACAGCAUCCUGAACCUGAAGCAGCGAGAGGACAGAGAGGACGGAGGAGAGCGUGGAGCCGCAAAGACACGCGGUGGAGCCGCUGGAUGGAGGAGUGCGAGUCAAGCGCAGUGUGAGGAGACGUGGGAGGUCAGGAGGGGACAGGAGAGGAGAGACGGGACAGUAAAGUCCAGAGACUUCCAUGCAGACCCCAGAGACAACGGCUCCUUUCACAGGCCAGGCUCCUGUCCCGGUGAGCCGAGUGCGCACGGCGGGGAGGACGCGUUGGAGCAGCCGCAGCACAUCACCAAACCCUCGGUGAAGAAGAAGACUCGCACCAUCUUCUCCAAGAGACAGAUCUUCCAGCUGGAGGCCACCUUUGACAUGAAGCGCUACCUGAGCAGCUCGGAGAGAGCGUGUCUGGCCAGCUCCCUGCAGCUCACCGAGACCCAAGUGAAAAUCUGGUUCCAGAACCGUCGCAACAAGCUGAAGAGGCAGCUGUCCACGGACCUGGAGGGCCCGCUGCAGGCCGCCGAGCACUUCUCCGAGGCGGCCAAACACGUGCAAUUAGCCACUUUUUACAAAGACAGCAGCUACAGCAGCUACAGCAGCAGCAGCAGCAACAGCAGCAGCAACAGCAGCAGUCUGCUGAGCGGAUGUUUGUUACCGAUGCCUUUCCCCGUCAUUUACCCGACGGCCAACGCGGCGCCCUACAUCUACUUCUCCAACUCUGGUAAAUGUUAUGGCCUGUUUGAAGCAGACUGAUGGAGACGUUGGGCUGCGUGGACACAGUCACGCGUGUUUUGGCUUCAGACGAGCCACUCAAUUAUUUCUAUGUUAUUUUAUAUUAUUUUUUUGUUCUUUUAAAGGGGGUUCUAAAUUAAAAAAAAGAAAAAGAAAAACACGCAUGUGCCACUUUCCCACUAUUAUUGUAAUGAUCAGUAGUAGCAGUAGUGUUAUUAUAACUGAGGAGAAAAUCACUCUUUAAAAAUGUUUGCAGACAGUGACGAUAAACGACUAAAUUGCUGGAUAAAAAAACUAAGCAAUAUCUCUUUUUUAUUGCGUUUCCAACCUUUAAACCCCUUUAUUGUAUAUAAUAUUUUAUUUCGUACUUUCAUGGACCUUGUCACAUGUUUUUUCAUAGGAGAGUGUUUAACUAUAAAUAUAAAUUCAUGACAACGAUGGGUUUUUGUUUUUCAAUAAAACGUAAAUUCUUAAAUUCGCUCUUUUUCGUGAUCGUGUAGUAUUUAGUUUCUCCAGGUUCCCGCUGAUUCAUUGGCCGACUAUGAGCUUCAUGUCUCACCAGGUGUCACCUGGUCACUGGUCACAUUCCUGGAUUCAUUCUGUUUUCUUUUUUCUUGACGUGGCUGCAGUAGGUGUAGCGACGUCUUCUUCUUCGGAUGCGGUGUUAACGGUUGUUUCCGGAAAC